CUUCAACAAUACACCUCCAAGGCCACCAUGGAUAUAACAAUGACAGAUAGCGGCUCAUCUUCCAGCCGACAAGGGCAAGUCCAAGUCCACUUCAUCACCAAUUCUCCCGACGUCGAGCUGCCAGAGGGGAAAAGGCAGCUUCUCGUGCCAACCAAUGUACGAAGAUAUGGCCUCUCCCAGAUCCUCAAUUCCGAGUCCAUGCUCGACACUCCUGCUCCAAUUCCCUUUGAUUUCCUGAUAAAUGGCACCUUCCUCCGUACAACCCUCGAAGAAUACCUCACCGCAAACGGAUUAUCCUCCGAAACGACCCUGAAUCUACAAUACGUACGAAGUUUAAUACCGCCUCUUUACGAAGCAAGUUUUGAGCAUGACGAUUGGGUCAGUUGUGUGGACAUACUGUCUCGGAGCUCGGUAGCAGGCAUUUGGGACGGCAGCGAGGUGGUUCCUGGUCAGGAGCGCAUACUGUCUGGGUCUUAUGAUGGAUUGCUGCGGGUUUGGAAUAAAUCUGGACAAUCGAUUGCGACCUCCGCAUCAUCGAGCGCUGGUGGACACACAUCAAGCAUCAAGUCUGCGCGUUUCAUCUCACCAACACAAAUCGCAUCUUCAGGCCUGGAUCGCACAAUCAGAGUAUGGAAAUAUACGGAGGCUGAAGAUCACUUCUCUGCUGAGUUAAAGCCGAUUCUUGAGUUGUAUGGACACAAGGGAAGCAUAGACUCGAUAGACGUUCAUGGACCCUCAAAUCGAAUCCUCUCAGCCUCUGCAGACGGAACGAUUGGCUUAUGGACUACGCUCAAAAAAUCUGCUCCAUCGGCGCCUGCAGAACUUCUCACAUCUGGUCCCUCAGCGAAGCGCCGAAAGAUCGCCACGUCAACGUCCACCCCUCAGCGUGGUCCUCUCUCCACAAUCAAGUCCCACACAUCUCCUGUCGCGGCAGCAAUCUUCAAUCCUCUCGAUGCAACAAUCGCCUACUCCGCGUCCCAAGACCACACCGCCCGAACCUUUGAUCUCACAACAUCAAGUUUGGUGGAUACGCGAACAACCUCACAUCCUCUCCUCGCCCUGACCGCAUUGCCCGGUAUCAGCAGUCAGUUACUAGCAGCAGGAACCAGCGCUCGGCACAUCACACUCCUCGAUCCCAGAAUCUCAGCCCAAUCGACACAAGUCAUGACUUUGCGUGGCCAUACUAACAAAAUCGUUUCCAUCGCUCCAGAUCCAGAAAGUAAUUAUGGAUUAGUGAGUGGCAGUCACGAUGGGACCUGCAGAGUAUGGGAUUUGAGGAGUAGUAGGUACGGGACGAAAGAUGAAGGUGGUGGUUUGGUUGGUGAAGCUGUGUAUGUCGUUGAGCGGGAGAGCGCGAAAGGUGGAAAGAGACCGGUUGGUGGAGAGGGAAUCAAGGUCUUCGGUGUGCAGUGGAAUAAAGAUGUUGGGAUUGUGAGUGGAGGAGAGGAUAAAAUGGUGCAAGUUAACAGAGGGAGAGGCGUUACGAGGCCAGACACUACGUAAAAGAAAUGAUUAGAGCUUGAUACCCCA